AUGUUCAACGCGGCAGACUCAGCGGAGGGCACCGAGUUCAGCUCAAACGUCCAGACCUGCUUCAAUUUGAUCAACAACUACCUGGGCAUGGUCCUCCUCUCCUUUGGGUACGCGUUUGGGGAGUGCGGCUGGGUCGGCCUGCUCCUCCUUGCUGUGCUCGCAGUGCUCAGCUGGUACACGGGUGUGCUAAUCAUCGAGAGCUAUCGCACGCUCGAGGCGUCUGGCGAGAAGGUGCCUUCCUACGCCCGGAUUGGCGAGGCGACGCUGGGCGCUGUGGGCAAGUGGUUUGUCAUCGGAAGCUCCUCCUUUGAGAUCUUUUUCGCGCUCGUAGCUAUGAACGUGACCGUUUGGCGAAACGCCACCUUGCUGCUGCCGAUGGUGGACCCCAGCCUGGUAACAGGCGGGUUCAUCGCGCUCUCGCUGACGACCAACUGGCUCAAGGUGGCUAGUUCUAGUCCCAAGCUUGUGACCUCAGCCCUGACAGCCCUGCGGACGAAUCGCCUGCAGGACUUUUCCACACUCUCCUUCCUCUCGGCAUUCGGUCUGCUCUGCGUGGUGCUUGUCUGCUUCGUCGUCGCAUACGAGCUCUUCACGCGGCCUGAAGGUGGCAUGGUUGGCAGCGCUCGCACUUCGCGCAGCCCACCAUCACAACCCGCGUCCGGCGGGCACUCUGGGUUCCGGCUCCUAGCCGGAUAG